CACAACUGAGUUACAGUACAGAUAUGGAGCCAAAGGGGCUUACGAAUCGAAUCAAGUAGGGAGGAAUUUAUAACCUAAAAAUCGUGUUUAUGACGAAAGAAAGAUGUGCGAUUGUUGAUAGAAUAGGUUUUAUAUGAAAUAAUAUUAUUACGAAAUUAUUAUUAUUUUAAAUUGGAUAAAAGUGGUUAGAAUAAAUAUACUUUAAUAUUUAUGUGAUUAUUCAUUCAUAAAAUUAAGAGACUGUUUACUCAGAUUUAAUUAUAACCUAAAAUUGCAAUGUUUUUAUGAAUGAUAAGAAAAAUAAAUCUCAUAACUAGCAAAUUUUGUUUGAGAGGAAUUCUAUUAAAUAGAAAUAGAAAUUUGACGUGAAAAUACAAUCUACUGCAAUAAUAAUUGAAAUAGGAUUGUUGAUGGAGUAGGCAAUGGCCAACCCAAGAUGGGCGGAAACCUCUGUCCCACGCAGUCUGCCAGACAAGGUUGCUCAGCUAUAUUAUGCACACGGCUUGUUUUGUGCUACCUACCCAUUUACUGUUAUUGUUUUUGCUGUUUCCCUAGUCCUGGUUUGUAGCUAUCCAUUGCUCAGCUUACCUCUUCCAGGCAAUCUUCCACAGCACUAUUCUGUAGAUGUUGCUAGCAAUUCGGCAGCUGUAGAUGCUCCAAGAUGGUUUCUGUCAUCUCCACCUUCCUGUUAUAUACAACAGAUUGUAAUGAAAUCAGCUGUAUUUCCAUGGACAGAAGAGAUGGAGUUAACAGAUGCCUAUCGUGCUCCUUUAGCUGAAGUAUUCCCAUUGCUAGAAGCCAUCCAGAAUUACCAAGAUUCCAAUAGUUCAGUCACUCUUGGGGAUGUCUGUAUGCAUGUGGAAACAGUUGUAUACAAGGACAAGAAGAGAAGUGGAAUACUACCAGAGUACAGUUGUCUUGUAUUGUCCCCAGCAAACCUGUGGCAUCUGGACUCCCACCGUUACCAUGAUGAUACUAAUCUCAUCAGUACUAUAUAUACUCACAAGAAUCUCCAAAAAAGAAAAACAAGUUUGUCCGAGCUACUGUUUGGACUUAACUUUAAGGAUACUGGUAUCAAACGUUAUGCUUUACGUAAACGGCAAAGGAUUAUCCAAUUUGCUAUAACUGUAGUGUAUCUUCAAUACCAUAAAGGAUACACGGACGGCCUGCGAGAACGGCUGAUGCGGCUUUACCCGCUCCACCAAUCUGCUGAUGUCUCAACCAACAGCUCCAUCAGUCCUAACUACUUUCACCAUAUUUACUAUCCCGGGGAGUUUGAUUUCAAGGAAUUAGUUCCGUUGACUGUGACAUAUCUCUUGCUCUUCUUCUACAUAUAUUUCUCUGUUCGCAAGAUUGAACUGGUACAUUCAAAGGUGGGCAUUGCUAUCAGUGCUGUGUUGACUGUACUGGCUUCGUUGUUGAUGUCAGCUGGCCUUUGCUUCUUUUUUGGAUUGGAUUUCACAGGCAGUGGUAGAGGCAGAGAGGUGUUCCCAUAUCUGGUGGCAGUAGUAGGCUUAGAGAACAUACUAGUGUUGACCAAAUCUGUAGUUUCAACACCGCCUCACCUUGAUGUUAAGAUACGUAUCGCUCAGGGUCUCAUGCGUGAGGGCUGGAGUAUUACCAAGAACCUUCUCACAGAGGUCACAAUACUCACUGUAGGACUCCUCACUCUAGUGCCAGCCAUACAGGAGUUUUGCAUUUUUGUCAUUGUUGGACUAUUGUGUGACUUCUUCUUGCAAACAUUCUUCUUCAGCACAGUAUUGGGCUUAGACAUCCGACGGAGGGAGAAGAUAGAACCAAGCCAGUUGUUUUAUCAUCAUUAUAGGUACAACCCAGUUCGCAGUUCUCCGAUGACUCGGUCCCACUCUGUGCCCCGCCUCAGUUACCCAACAACUCCUCCAAAGCUCCCCAAGAGACUGCAACUGGUCCACUUCUGGGCUCGUACAAGGAUAGUUCAACGAGCCUUCAUGCUGUGUAUGGUAGUGUGGAUUGGCGGUAUUGUUUACAGUGCCGAUAUUUUGCAAAAAAUCCUGCCCAUAGACUCUACAAGUGUUACAGGUAAAUUACCAGUAACUGACAGCACAUCUGAAGGAAUACCAACCCGAUAUCUAAGUCCAUUUUCUGGUAGUGGAGGUAGAAAAGCAGCUAUUCUGGACAUGGAGGCCAAGUUGAUGGCUGCAGAAGCAGCGCACAUACAGAACUUACAACAGGACAAAGGCAGUGAUGAGUUAUCCAGACUGAAGCCUGGAGACUACAGACCACUACAGAAACUGUCUCCUCACCAUUGGGCUGCCAUUCUGUCUCUGUACAACACCACGUUCCUGUCUGGUGGCUACAUAACUAUCCUGCCACCCAUUCAGCUGGCCAGUGCUGUGUCUCCUGAACAGGCAAUUGCACAACGAAAUGAAUUGGAGAAACUGUCAAAAAUUCCGUGGGAGCCCUUAGCCGCGGCUAUGGAUCCUUUUGACAUAGAUGACGAGUUUGUACCAUCUUUACCAACUCCAACACAAAUGUCUGAUGCUCCGUUCUUCCCUUCGUCUCCCAUGGAACUGUUUCUUACUGCCAUUCUGUGUAUCAUCAGUGUGUUGGUUCUCACAUAUACAUUUGUAGUGUUGUACAGAUGCAUUUGUUCAAGAAACUAUGCAGAAUGGAGAGCAAGCUGGAUGGGAACCAAAGAAGCAUCUGAUCCAUCAUCACAGGUUGUAUUGGAGGCUGUGCCAUUGGUCCUAUCUGGACACGCCCAACCAGUGGAGUGUCUAGCAAGUGAUGGGCACUGGCUUGUCAGUUCCUGUCUCGCAGGCAAUAUUCGUGUCUGGGACUCCACCACAGGUGAUCUUGUUGUCACCAUAACCAGAGCCAAGCCACAAAAUCCAUUGACAACUGGUGACGAAGAUGCGCUCUACAAGGAGUUAGAUAAUGUGUGUUCUCAAAUAAAGUCUCCUAACUCUAGAACGCUACACAACACAGCAACACAGUUCAAACCUGAUGCAGAUUCAGCUAUUGAUCCAUGUUUUUGUGUCAACGAUGUGCAUAAUAGUUGGUUAGGGAGAUGUAGAGAAAGUAGUAGUAACUAUGUUUUACCCCAAAAUGCCACUGUUUCUGAAACAGAAGCUCAAAGUUCAGACACAAAUAGUGAUCAGCACAAACAGAGUUCAGUGAUGAGGGAAACAGGUGGGGGGGAGUGUAAAGAUUACAGUCAAAGUACAGACGAUGGGCCGAGAAUUUCGCCAAUUUGGUGUUUAGACUGCCAGAACAAUCUCAUUGUUGUUGGCUGUGCCAGUGGACAUAUAGAAAUUUGGGAGGCUACCUCAGGCAAAUGUAAGUGCACAAUCAGCAACAGUAAUGAUGAAUCCGGAGUAACUUGUGUGCGGCUGGUGGGACAUCACUUUGUAGCAGCCAGACUGAGCGGUUCACUGGACUUCUACUUGUUGGACUGGGCCUCUCGACACUCCUCUCAUCGCAGAACUCACGUCCGAUCAAACAGUGCUGACAGUGUACCAGAGUGGAGUUUUGUAGAUGCAGCAAGUGAAGACUUUAAAUGUGUUUGCCUGUCUACUGCACGUGCACAUCAGCAACCUAUAACUGUCCUUGAUUCUGAAGGAGGUCGGGUUGUAACAGGCAGUCAAGACCACACUCUUAAAGUGUAUGGACUUGUAGACCAAGCUCCUUUUUUCACACUCCAUGGUCACUUUGGCCCAAUAACAACACUCUUCAUAGACAGGGUCACACCUUCUAUGGCUGGCUCAGGCAGUCAAGACGGCCUUCUUUGUGUCUGGGAUUUACAAACAGGAGCUUGCAUGUACAGUAUACAAGCCCACGAUGGAACGAUUACUUCUCUUACAUAUUCGGCAAGCUACAUUAUAAGUUUAGGCAGUGAUGAUCGACUGUGUGUUUGGGAGAGAUUCCAAGGCCAUCUCUUGAACACAAUACAAGUUGUACAUACCUACUGUAGCAGCAUGGUCAUGUUGACCCACAACCUGCUCAUCACUUCCAGACAGGGUUCCCUAGUUGUUUGGGAUGUGUGCUCUGGAGAACCAGUUCGGAUUGUCAAGCUUGGACAUUCAGACAAUUGUGUGUUUGUGCACCAGAUAGUUUUAGUUCAUGACAGUGUUGCUUGUGAUUACGGAAAGCAGUUGCGUAUUGUUCGUUUUCCUAUGGUACAUGAUAAAAUGGAUUAAUAAAAUUUUAUUUAUUCAGCUUUUGAUAA